AUGUUCUCCGCUUCAUCCCAGUCUUCUCCAGCCGGUGUUCCAGCUGUGGCCCAAGGGGGCUUCUUUGAACCAUGGAAGGAUUACUUGAACCUCUCCAAAGUGGUGAUGGAGAUCGUUGAGGAGCGGAAGAAGCCACAGAGGUGGUCUCCUCCUUGGGAAGACCCCUUGGACGUCCUCGUUCUGCAUUGGAUGAACGGAGGCGGCAACAGCAAGACCCACAGUCCCAAGACCGAUGCCGCCCGCGGAGGAGACCCCCCGCCCGCUCCACCAACCCAACAAGGCAUCUGCAGCUUUUGCAAGCACAACGGAGAAUCCAAGAAGGUCUUCUCUUCCCAUGCCUUGAAGAGAGCCGACGGGGUGGUGGUGUGCCCCAUUCUGCGCAACUACACCUGCCCGCUUUGUGGGGCCACCGCCGACAAGGCCCACACGCUGAAAUACUGCCCCCAUAAUAAGGGGCAGCAAUCCUUGUACCGCCGAAGUGGGCGCAACUCGGCCGGACGCAUGAUCAGGAGAUAA